UAUGAAUCGGCAUAAAACGAUUUAUAAUUUUAACACUUAAACCUAUGUUUUUGAUAUUUUAUUUCAAUUAUAGUUUUGUCAAAAAAAAAUUAAAAAGCAUAUAUGAAAACAUUUAAUCAGUGCUUUUAUUGAAUUAGAAGUGCGCGCAUUUGCCCUAGGUUCAAACGAAGCGCGCAUGCGCAGUGUUGCGUGCCACUACUUACAUUCGCGCUAUAGUUGAUCAGUUGCCAUUUCCGCGACAGCGCUCGAGGAGGGAGUAUUGCUUAUAUUUCGUAUAUGUUGAUUAUUUCUUUUUACAUAUGUUUUACAGUCUUAUAUACAGACAGAAUUUAGAUAUAAUGCGUCAUAAUUGCUCAACAGAAAAGAUCCCUAGCAUUAAGGCUUUGUCACUAGCGCUUACGUUGCGAACUAGCCUAAUUUGUAAAUAUUUAAAACAAGGCCUAAGACGGGGAAAAGGUUCUAUGUUUUCAUGGGCCAUUAAUAUAUGAAGCAAAAUGUCUAAAGUCCUCCAUUACAAAGGAAAAGCAAAUUAAAUAUUUCAUUCAUUACGCAGGAUGGAAUAAGAAUUGGGAUGAGUGGGUUCCUGAAAGCAGAGUUCUUAAAUACAACGAGGCAAAUGUUCAGAGACAAAAAGAAGUUCAAAGAGCACACUCAAAUCAACAAUCUGCUCAAAAAAAUAAAAAAGGUAGCACUUCUUCUAAAACUCAAGGACGUAGAAGUGAAGGUAUACGUGAAAAAGAUACUGAUAGUAGAGCUAGCACUCCUGUUGCAACAGUUGAUAAAGGUGUCAAUCGAUUUAGUAAAGCUAGCAGUGUGACACCAUCAUCAUCACAUGAUUCUACUUCAGAUGCUCCACGUAAAAAACGCAGGAGCUUAUUUUACAGUACUAAAGAUAGUGUACAAAACAAGAAAAUUUAUUACAGCCGACUAGAACCAUCUGGUGAAACAGAAGAAUAUCUUACUAAAGUAGAAGUUAAAAUUAAGAUACCAGAGGAAUUGAAGUUUGUACUUAUAGAUGAAUCAGAAGUAAUAUUGAAAUAUCAUAAAUUACCUUCUUUACCUGUAAAAAAUACAGUUGAUAAAAUUCUAGAUGAUUAUGUAGAAUCGAAAUCAUUGGGAAAAAAUGAUUCUGUUAGGUUUACAAUUAUUAUAUAAGUGGGAACGUCCACAAUUUAUUCAAAUUAUGAAUGAUAAUCCUGAAACACUGCCCAGUCAACUAUAUGGUGCAUUUCAUUUACUAAGGCUAUUUGUGAGACUUGGAGGAAUGUUGUCAUACACUACAUUAGAUGAAAGAAGUAUACAGUUAUUAUUAUCUCAUUUUCACGAUUUCUUAAUAUACUUACAGAAUAAUAGUACUGAACUUUUUAAUCUUCAACAAGACUACGCAGACUCACCACCCGAUUAUCACAGAAAAUAUGCCUAACUUAAUAUAAAUUUUAUUUAAAUCCAACAAUAUCUAUUAUAUUUUCUCAAAAAUUGACAGCUACGAUAUUUGUUUGAGAAAUAUGUACAAUGGUACAGUCUAAGAAAUAAGUCAAUAUAGGAAAUGUAAAGAAACUCAUCUGUUGAAUUUUACUCAAAAUUUUUCUAAAGUUUUAGUUUAUUAAAGAUAACAAAAAAUGUAGAACAUUUUAUAGUAUCUGCUUUAAUUUAGAAUAUAAUAUUAGCAAACAGUACUUUUUAUUGUAAGUACAAUGUAUUACGAUUUUAUUAUCUAAUUACAAUUUUAUACAUAUUUAGAAAUAUUCUAUUCAUGAGAUAGCUUGUGUUUAAUUCGUACCAUUCCAAGGUAUAUUCUAUUACAAGAAAUAUUCUAAGGUAUAUUCCAUUACAAGAAAUAUUCUAUUCAUGAGAUAGCUUGUGUUUAAUUCGUACCAUUCCAAGGACGCAUUUUGUCUUUCUUUAAUUUUUAAUUUAAUUGAAUUAAAAUCAUAUAAAUUACUAUGUUUACAAAAUUAUAUUAUGUACAAAAUUAUAUGUCAUAAAUGAAGUAUAUAUAAUAUUUAUAUUUACUAUGGUACAUAUAAAUAUAUGAUUUUAUUAUAGUUUCUUAUUAUAUCGCAAUAUAUCAAUCAUUAGUUGUCUUAUUUAAAUUGUAAAUUCAAUGAUACGAUGGAACCAUAAACAUUCUCGCAAUAUGCAAACAGCUAUUGUUCAUAUGCAUACAUUUACAUAAGAAUACAAAUUUUACGUUACAUAAGACGUAUUACAGUUGCAUAUAUAUAUAUAUAUAUAUAUAUAU